AUGGCUCACACCAGACGACAUCUUCUUUCAACCGGUCCAGACCUCUCUAAUGGUGCCACUGAAAAUCUUGGUCAUGUGAGCUCUAACUCUAAUCGCUUUGAUCCCAUCGCACCAGAAGAACCAGAACAAACUCAGCCACCGAUUGCCAAAUCUUCGAACAAGACUGCUUUUCUCAAUGGCUCCCUCCCACAACCUUGUCCAUCUGAUUCUCACUUCAACGCCUGGCUUCGUUGCAACCAGAUGGUUAUGUCGUGGAUUAUACAUUUUGUCUCUCCAGAAAUCAAGAGUAGCAUUAUGUUCUUGGAUACUGUAGCAGCCAUGUGGAUGGAGCUCAAUAACAAAUUCGACCAAGGCAAUGGCCCUAGAAUCUUUGAACUCAAUGAAAGUCUCAUUAGUCUUCAUCAAGGUGAUGAUUCUGUAAGUGCUUAUUUCACUAAACUCAAAUCAAUGUGGGAUGAAAUAAAUCAAUUAAGGCCUAGAACUCCUUGUACUUGUGCUGCCUCUGUUGAUAACUUUCAUUUUCUGAAUCAAGAUCAAGUCUUACAGUUUUUAACAGGUCUUAAUGAAUCAUUUCAUGCUGUAAGAGCUCAGAUUUUGUUGAUUGAUCCCUUUCCCCCUUUAUCCAAAGUUUUUUCCAUGAUCAUUCAAGAAGAACGCCAAAGAAAACUUGGUUCUUCUAUUAAUCACAACUUGGUGGCUGCUGUUCCAACUACUAAUACCCGGCCCAAGAAAAUGCACCCACCAUGUUCUAAUUGCCACAAACCAGGACAUCUCAAAGAAAAGUGUUACUUCCUCCAUGGCUUUCCUCCGGGAUAUGGUGACAAGAGGCGCAAUGAUGACAACCAUUAA